CCCCGUUAAAACUCUGACGUCACCUCUUCUUAUUUUCAUUUCCCUAUUCCCUGAGCGCCACUGAUCUACCCGACCCACCACACCGUCGGUCGAUUUACCGGUCGGAUUCUCUAAACCCCUCGGAAACUCUGAGCCCUAAAUGAUUCCAUAGCGCUAGCGCAGAUCUAUCUUCUUAGUCGCUUCCCCAAUUUCGACUAGGGACUCGCCGGAGCCGAACCGAACCGAAAUGGCUGCGCCCAACAUGGAUCAAUUCGAGGCGUAUUUUCAGAAAGCCGAUUUGGAUCGGGAUGGUCGAAUCAGUGGUCAUGAGGCCGUUUCCUUCUUCCAAGCCUUCAGUUUACCCAAACAAGUCCUUGCUCAGAUUUGGACGUAUGCCGAUCAAAAUCAAACAGGAUUCCUUAGUCGCCAACAAUUUUAUAAUGCUCUGAAACUUGUAACUGUGGCACAAAGUAAACGGGAGUUGACUCCUGAUAUAGUUAAGGCUGCAUUAUACAGUCCAGCUUCAGCUAAAAUUCCUGCUCCCAAGAUAAAUGUUGUGGUUGCAUCUGGUCCUCACCCAAACAGUAAGCCUGGUGCCCCAGUAGCCCCUGUUACUGGUGCUGCUCCAAUUCCGACUCCGAAUGGUGGCAUAGCAGGUUCACAAGGAUUUCCAUCUAAACAAAAUCAAGUCAUAAGCACCCCUCGACUACCAACUCCUAACACCACACUCCAGUCUCAAUCAGGAGUUUCAAGUCCAGGAAUGCCGGCAGGAUCUUCUAUGCCUGCUUUCCGUCCUCCUAAUUCCUCUAAUUGGCUUGGUGGUGGGACUGUUGGUCCUCAACCUGGGGCUGUUCCCCAAUUUCCUAACAUGGGUGUCAACCUUAACAGUCAGGAUGGAUUUGGCAUUGCUGCAUCUGGGUUGUCUGCAUCUUCACAAUCAAAACCACAAGAAGCUACUUCAUUGGUGCAGCGUAGUUCGCCUCACUCAAAUCAUUCAGCUUCACUGGGUCACCAACCUCCAGCUAAGGACUCUAGAGCAACUCAAGUGACAGGAAAUGGAUUUGCUUCCAAUUCUCAUUUUGGAGAUGUUUUUUCAGCAACAUCCAUCCUACCAAAGCAGGACUCCAAGCCACUGACAUCUUCUGCUGGUAGCUUACCUGCCUCGUCAGCUCUAGUCCCAGUAUCUGCUGGAUCUCAAACAAACAUUAAGCCUAGUUCAGUUGAUCCAUUGGAAAUCACAAAUUCUCAGCGAUCUGUGAGCCAUCAAUACCAACAAACUCAGCCAACAAUGAAAUCAAACCAGAAGGUCCCUCUGCAAAGUUCCACCAUAGUUCAUGGUGGAGCUGGAAAUUCUGUUUCUGUCCAGUCUCAGUCUCCAUGGCCAAAGAUGACACAAGCUGAUUUUCAGAAGUAUAACAAAGUAUUUGUGGCAGUGGAUACAGACAAAGAUGGAAAAAUCACUGGUGAACAGGCCCGCAACCUGUUUUUGAGUUGGAGGCUUCCUCGAGAGGUCUUAAGGCAGGUGUGGGACUUAUCUGAUCAAGACAAUGACAGCAUGCUGUCUCUGAGAGAGUUUUGUAUUGCACUCUACCUUAUGGAGCGAUACAGGGAAGGCCGUCCUCUUCCUUCUGUCCUUCCAAGUAGUAUUAUGUUGGAUGAAACAUUGGCACUUGCUUCUGGUAAACCUGCUGCAGCAUAUCCUGGAGCAGCUUGGAAACAUACUCCUGGUUUGCAGCAACCGCAAGGGGUAAAAGGACCACAGCAAGCUGCAUCUGCUCCUCUAGGAAAGCCGCCACGUCCAGCUUCCAUUACUCAUCUUGAUGAAGCUAAGCAGCCUACUCAACAAAAGCCCAAAGUUCCUGUACUGGAGAAGCAUCUUGUUGACCAACUUAGUACAGAGGAACAAAGCUCUUUAACCUCAAAGUUCAAGGAGGCAACUGAUGCAGAGAAGAAGGUUGCAGAACUGGAGAAGGAAAUAUUAGAUGCAAAAGAAAAAACUCAUUUCUAUCAUACAAAGAUGCAAGAGCUUAUUUUAUAUAAAAGCCGAUGUGACAAUAGAGUAAAUGAGAUCACUGAAAGGGCUUCUGGUGACAAAAAAGAGGUUGAGUCACUGGCAAAAAAGUAUGAAGAGAAGUAUAAGCUGUCGGGAGACGUAGCCUCUAAAUUGACCAUUGAGGAGGCCACAUUUCGUGAUAUUCAGGAGAAAAAGAUGGAGCUAUAUCGGGCAAUUGUCAAAAUGGAUCAAGAUGGCAAAGCUGAUGGUAUUCAGGACCAUGCCAAUCACAUUCAGUUAGAUAUUGAGAAGCUUGUGAAAUCGUUGAAUGAACGUUGCAAAACAUAUGGGCUACGUGCCAAACCUACUUCACUGUUGGAGCUUCCAUUUGGUUGGCAACCUGGCAUCCAAGAAGGAGCAGCAGAUUGGGAUGAGGAUUGGGAUAAGUUUGAAGAUGAAGGAUUCACAUUGUUAAAAGAGCUCACCCUCGACGUGCCAAAUGUCAUAGCUCCUCCUAAACAGAAGUCUUCCUUGAUUCGGGAUAAAGUAUCUUUGGAUGACAGUGAGACUGGAAAAUCACACUCUGAAGCUGGUGCAAGAACAGAGAAGUUAUCAACAGUGGAGGAUGAGGCUUCUGUUCUUACUGGUGAACAAAGAGCUGAAAGUCCAUCAAAGACUAAACAUGUUGAGAGCCCCUCAAAAGAGUACCAUGAAUCUCAAACUAGAAAGGAAGUCAGCUUUGAUGGUUCACCCCAUGCUCCACACAGUGAACAUCGUGGUGCUGAAUCUGUGUUCUCUGGGGGAAAAAGUUUUGAUGAAUCGGACUGGGGUGCAUUUGACACUCACUAUGAUGCAGAUGCUGCAUGGAAUUUCAACGAUGUUGCUAGUAAGGAUGCUGAUCAUGUGAAGGACAAGGAAACUUCUCUUUUUGAUUCUGAUGACUGGGGCCUAGCCCCCAUAAAAACUGGAUCCAAGCAUGCGGAUGACACAUUUCCUAAGCAAAGCCCAUUUUUUGAUUCUGUUCCCAGUACUCCAAAUUACAAUAUUGGACCCAUAGGUGCAGGUGAUCCCUUCCCGAAACAUGGCCUAUUCUUUGAUUCGGUUCCUAGUACUCCAAGUUACAAUAUUGGACCAAUGGCUACAAGUGAUGGUUUACAAAAACAAAGCCCAUUCUUUGAUUCAGUUCCUAGUACUCCAAGUUACAAUGUGGGAUCAACACAUGCUGGAGACGCAUUCUCCAAGCAAAGCCCAUUCUUUGAUUCUGUUCCUAGUACUCCAAGUCAUAAUGCUGGGUUCUCGUACACAGAAAAUGCAUCCUCAAAGAGCCCUUUCUUUGAUUCUGUUCCAAGCACACCUGCUUAUGGUUCCAGCCUACAUGCAGAUGACAUGUUCCGUGGGAAGAGCUCAUAUGCUUUUGCAGAUUCUGUUCCAAGCACACCCAUGUACAGUUCUAAUUCUCCACGAAGAUUCAGUGAAGGUUCAGAAGAGCACUCAAAAGAUUUCUCUAGAUUCGAUUCCUUCAACAUGCAAGACGGUGGCCUAUUCGCAUCUGGAUCUGGUGCAUCCUUUACAAGAUUUGAUUCUAUGCGGAGCACCAAGGACUCUGACUAUGGUCAUGAUUUGUUCUCAUCCUCACGUGAUUCUCUUGCAAGGUUCGACUCCUUCCGCAGCACAGCAGAUUCUGAAUAUACCUUCGGAAACUAUGCACCUCAAGAGUCAUCAUCAUCAUUCGCAAGGUUUGAUUCCAUGCGUAGCACUAAGGACUCUGAUUAUGGUCAGAGUUUCUCGUCAUUUGAUGAUGCUGAUCCAUUCGGAUCAAGCGGGCCAUUUAAGACUUCACUGGAGAGUGAGGCGCCAAGGAGAGAUUCUGAUCAUUGGAGUGGGCCAUUUAAGACUUCGCUGGAGAGUCAGACACCAAGGAGAGAUUCUGAUCAUUGGAAUGCCUUUUAAUCAAGUAAUUUAUGAUACAGGGUGGUAAGAUUCUGAGUCAUUAAAACCCUUAAAUGUGAGGAACCAGCGAUGCUGGUUCAGUCGCUCUUAUAUUGCCAUUCUCUUUUCUGGGUUGUAGGUGUAGCAAAUUGGCUUGUGAUUCAUAUAGAGGCUUGAGACAUUUAUCGGUAACCAAUGAACAGUGCCCGUGUAAUUUUUUUCCCUCACAUAUUGUUUUUUUUUUUUUUUUUUUUUUUUUUUUUUUUUAAAUGUGAACAGAGCUUGUGUUGGGUUCACACUUCACAUAUUCAUUUAUUUCAUAGAUACAUAGGCGUGUAAAAUGUAUGAACCUUGUUUUGUGUUGGUUUUUUUUUUUUUUUUUUUUUUUUUUU